AGCCUGCCUAGCCUUUGUGUCAUCAUAAAACCAGUUUGCUGUCGUCGGAUCAAAGUAAUUCGGUUGGGUUUGUUUGCAAAACUCUGUGCUCAACUUUUGUCGCCUAAAUUUUUUCACACCUGCCAGCGGGAAAACGUUAGAAAAAAUGCCUUCAUUUACGGUGAACGUGAAAUGGGGAAAGGAAAGCUUCAAAAACAUUGAGGUCAACACGGACGAGGAGCCGAUGCUGUUCAAAGCCCAGCUGUUCGCCCUGACCGGUGUCCAGCCGGACCGACAAAAGGUGCUCUGCAAAGGCAUUAGCCUGAAGGAUGAGGAGUGGAACAUGCCGAUCAAGAAUGGCGCCACUCUGCUGCUGCUCGGCACAAAGGAAGAAGUGCCCCAGGAGCCGGUGGAAAAGCCGAAAUUCAUAGAGGAUAUGAACGAGAACGAGCUAGCGACGGCCUUCGAUACUCCGGCCGGUUUAGUGAAUCUGGGCAACACGUGCUACAUGAACGCAACGCUGCAGUGCCUCCGAUCGGUGCGCGAGCUGCGCGAAGCGCUGAAGGAAUACAAGGAAGAGGCGGGCGGUGCGUCGGGGCUGGCGGGGCUCGCCUCCCCGCAGGCCAUUACCAUGUCGAUGAAGAACCUGUUCGAGGACAUGGAGCGCCGGAACGAUUCGAUCACGCCGGUCCUGUUUCUGCAGCGGUUGCACAUCGCGUUCCCGAACUUUUCGCAGACGGGCGAGAACGGCACGUACCGGCAGCAGGACGCGAACGAGUGCUGGUCCGAGCUGCUGAAGAUGCUACAGCAGAAGCUGCCGGCCCAGAAGCUUGCCCCCGAGCAGAGCGUGAAGCACAGCUCGUUCAUCGAUCAAUGGUUCGGUGGCACGUUCGACGUGGAGAUGAAGUGUACCGAGGCGGAGGAUGAGCCGGCGAGCAAAUCGAAAGAAAAUUUUCUGCAGCUCAGCUGCUUCAUUUCCACCGAGGUGAAAUACAUGCACUCCGGAUUGCGAUUGAGAUUGAAGGAACAGCUGACUAAAAUGUCUCCCUCCCUUGGGCGUGAUGCUGUUUAUUCGAAAACGUCGCUGAUCAGCCGUCUGCCGGCCUACCUGACGGUCCAGUUCGUCCGGUUCCAGUACAAGGGCAAGGAGGGCAUCAAUGCGAAGGUGCUGAAGGACAUCAAGUUCCCGAUCGAGUUCGACGCGUACGAGCUGUGCACGCCCGAGCUGCAGGAAAAGCUGACCCCGAUGCGCACCAAAUUCAACGAGAUUGCAAACGCGGAGGUCGAGCGUACGCUCAAGGGCAAGAACAAAUCGAAGGCCGAGCUGGAAAAGGAGAAACCCAAGACUGUUCCCCAACCGUACUGCUUCGAGGAUGAUCUGGGCAGUAACAACAGUGGAUAUUACACACUGCAGGCCGUGCUAACGCACCAGGGACGGUCGAGCUCGUCGGGGCAUUACGUCGGCUGGGUGAGGCACAAGGACGAUCAGUGGAUUAUGUUCAACGACGAUCACGUGUCGCCGGUGGAUCAGGAAUCGAUCCUGAAGCUGUCCGGCGGUGGCGAUUGGCACUGCGCCUAUGUGCUGCUGUACGGACCGAAGGUGCUGGAGCUGCCGGUGGAGUCGGAAGACAAGGAGGGCGGUGGCGACCAGCAGCAGUCAUCGCAGCAGGGAACGGGCGCCACCACGGGCGAAAAGAUGUCGGUUGAUUAAUUUAUAUAUAUUUUUUUAAUUAUUUUUGGAGCGGGAGCGAGAGCAAGUUUGUUUCGUCGGAGUGUGUGUAGAUCAACGUCAAAGAUGCUCGGUGGAAAAUUGUGAAUAGAUUUUCUUCGAAAAAGUAUGGCUGGUGAGGUCUGCAGGUCUACGGAAGAGCGGUGUGGUACAUUUUCCCGCGUGGUUCUGUUGCUUUUGCUACUGGCAACGGAUCGAGCUAGCGGAAGGAUGUCCUCAGUGAUGUAAUAAAAUCGGUACUGAAUCUUCA